CGCUGCUCCAGAGAACAUCCACCCGAACGGCAGAUAAUCGUCGACAUCUGUAGAUUCCGUCACAAUGGGCGAAGCACUGAUUGAGGGAUCCAACUGGCGCCUCGUUGAGGUCGGCCGUGUUCUGCUGAUCAACGGCGAGCACCCCUACAACGGCCGUCUGGCUGCCAUCGUCGAGAUCAUCGACCACAAGCGAGUUCUCGUUGAGGGCCCUUCCUCAGACCCUAAGCUCAAGGUUCCCCGACAAGCCCUGCACCUCAGCAAGGCUCUUCUCUCCCAGUUCGUCAUCGAGAACCUGCCCCGAGGCUCCCGACACACCGCCUUGACCAAGGCUUGGGAGAAGGCCGAGAUCGACGCCAAGUGGAAGGGCAGCAACUGGGCCAAGAAGCGCGAGCAGAUUGAGCGGAGAAAGGCCCUGACCGACUUCGACCGCUUCAAGGUUCUGCGCCUCAAGAAGCAGCGACGAUUCGAGGAGCGCAAGGCUCUGGCCAAGAUCAAGGCCUCCGCAUAAUUGGGUUGUUCGCUCUGGAGUCACGGAGAGGUUGAUCGGAUGGUAUUAGAAUGAGGGACAUGGGCCCGGGCAGGAAACGCAUUUACAGCAGCAAAAGAUCUGCUGGAUUCAUUUUUGCUCCCGUUCUGGAAGGGCUGUAUGUUGUCACAUAUCAUCGUUUAUGAUGAACGGCGUCAAUACGGAAAUUCAGACAAAAUGAAUUCAAAGCUUAUAGGGAGGAUUCUCAUUGUGGAUCACUGUGAUUUCGUGUAGUCAAAAAAUAUCUAUGAAAUGCAUGUAAAUCAAACACUACGGAAUUCUCCUUUU